AUGGACGCCCCGCCGUCGCCGGAGCAGCCUGCCAGGGACUGGGCGGAGCUGCCUCUUGAGCCCCUCCAUUCAGUCUUCUCCAAGCUUGGGGUUGUUGAUCUGCUCAUGGGUGCGGGCCUUGUUUGCCACUCAUGGCUCGAGGAGGCCAAGCAGCCUGAUCUGUGGCGAUCGGUGCACACGCGGCACCACCCCAAGGUCCUCGACAUGAACGCUGUUGAUCUGCGGGAAAUGUUGAAGGCGGCUGUCGACCGCUCUGCCAGGGGGAUGGAGGUGUUUGUGGGAGACUGGUUUCUCACUGAUAACCUCCUCAAGUACAUAGGCGACAGGUCGCCCUCUCUGAAGGUCCUUGACCUUGUUGAGUGCAGCAACAUCUCCUAUGAAGGAUUGGCCGAGGUGAUACCAAGGUUUCCUCUGCUGGAUGGAAUCGUGCUUUCGGGCUACAAAGAACUCGGCUACAAAUACAUGGGAAGGGAUGUGUAUCAAGUCAUUGGCAAAACAUGCACACAACUCAGGCGUCUCGAGCUACACCACGGGAGCAGGGAGCAGGCUCUUGGGAUCGCGGCAUUGGAAGGGCUGCGAGACCUUGCCCUUGUAGGCGGCGCCAUCGACGACGGAGACCUGGCAGUCAUUGUUGAUAGCUGCCCUCAGUUGGAGCGUCUUCAUGUGACUGGUUGCUUCAAGAUCGUCGGCAACACAGUCCUCAGAGCCAAGUGUGCCAGGAUUCAGGAGAGAGCGGCCAUGCCGAUCGAGCUGCCGAGGGGGCUGCCCUUCGCGGUGGACACGUGGACCCCCGCCUCCGCCCUCAAGCGCCACCGCUUCCUCACCCACGCCCACCGCGACCACCUUGCCGGCAUCACCACCACCAGCGCCGCCGGCGCCGUCUACGCCUCGCGCCUCACCGUCCUCAUCGCCCGCCACAUCUUCCCCCAGCUUGGACCGGACGCGUUCGUGGAGAUUGAGCUCGGCGCGCCGGUGCUCGUCCAGGACCCCGACGGCGACUUCACCGUCACCGCCUUCGACGCCAACCACUGCCCUGGCGCGGUGAUGUUCCUGUUCGAGGGCGCCUUCGGCAACGUCCUGCACACAGGCGACUGCCGCCUCACUCCCGACUGCAUCCAGGGCCUGCCCCUCGGGUACAUCACCGUCGAGGGAUCAGGAGCCAGCCAGGCGCCGCCGUCUUGCCGCAUCGACUACCUCUUCUUGGACUGCACGUUUGCCAAGUGCUCGCUGCAAUUCCCGACCAAGGAGGCCUCCAUACGCCAGGUGAUCAAUUGCAUCUGGGAGCACCCAAAUGCGCUGACGGUUUAUCUCGUGUCCGACAUGCUGGGACAGGAGGAGAUACUGAUCGAGGUGUCGAGGGCAUUCGGGUCAAAGAUAUACGUCGACAGGGACAAGAGUCCAGACUGCUACCACAACCUCUCGCUCGUAGCGCCGGAGAUCAUCACUGAAGACACGUCCUCUCGAUUCCAGGUGAUGGAAUUCCCCCGGUUGUCGGAGCAGGCGACGGAGAUGCUUGCAUUAGCACGGGCAAAGCAGCAGCCUGAGCCCCUCAUAAUCAGGCCUUCCUCCCAGUGGUACGCGCACUAUGCCCCGCAGGAGGCAUCAAUGAAGCAGAAGCUGGUGCUGACGGAGCCUAUGCGGGAUGAGUUUGGGGUGUGGCAUGUGUGCUUAUCGAUGCACUCGUCUCGCGAGGAGCUGGAGGAGGCCCUGCGGUUCCUUCAGCCCAAGUGGGUCAUCUCGACGACGCCUCCAUGCCUUGCCAUGGAUCUGUCCUAUGUCAAGAAACACUGCUUCAUGUCCAAGCUAGGCCCUGAUGAUCCCAUCUGGAAGUUGCUUGGAAUACCACAUGGGAAUUCUACCGUCGUAGGUUCAUUGCAGACGGCGCCAACCGCACUAGAAGCCAUGAAGCAGAGUGAGGAAGAAUGCUCUUGUUCUGCUGUUUGCAGUCAGGUAUUACAAAAUGAAGAACCAGUGGUAGAGGAUUUUGCAAUCGAAGUGGCGCCACCGGUGACACUUUUUGGGAGAGCAAGGUUUGGGUUACCUCAGGACUGUGAACUGUGGAAAGGCGAGUAUGGGAGUGUUCAAGUGAAUGAGGAAGUUAAAUUUCUGGAGGAACUGCAGAGUUCAUAUAUAAAAUCCUUUGAGCCGUGGAAGGAUGUAAAACCUGACGAAAGCAUUGCUGCUGUGAUUGAUUCAACCCAAGCUGUAACGAAAGAGCUCCAUGCUUCAGCAAUAGAACCUGAGUUGCAGAAGGACUGCGGAUCCAUUGACGGCAGCCAAGUAAUCGACAUUGCUGAAGGUGAAGUGCAAGAGCAGAGCUUGAGUACAGAAGGCUGUGCUGAAUUUGUCGAGGACGCGAAAUGCAGUCAGGGCGCGGAACGAACCAGGGCAGGUAGAUUUGUAUCCAGAGAAGCGAUUUCAAUUGCAAGAGCUAAGCUCUGGGAUGUUUGCAAGACCAGGAAUAGCGUCGGAUUCAUUGUCGAGGCAGUACGUAAAGAAGAUAAAGUAGAACUAACAGAGAAACUGCCUUCCGAGGAUCGCAUUGUUCUAGCAGACAUUAGCAACAGAUCUGAAGGCCCUGGUACCGCCGGAGGAGAUACUGGUGGAGUCGGGUCCUCGAAGGUUCUCAAUGUGAAGCUGAGGAGGCUGUACAGGUCGAUGAACGUGGCAGUUCCUCGGCCAUUGCCGUCAUUGAUGGAGCUCAUGGGAGCCUCCAAACGACCAAGGAUCUCAUCCCAAACUCUGCAUCUACGUUAG